GCAGCGGUGCAAACCAGGCAGUCCGGGUCCUGGUCGGACAGCCCAUCACCUGUUGGGGCCUCCCACGCGCGCCGCGCAGGGCUCGCCCCGGCCAGGGGCGGCGGGUGGCUCCGGGGCACAGGCUCUCCCCCCUCCCCCCUUCCUCCGGGACCAGUCGGGCUGGCGGACUGACGGACGGACGGACGCGGGGACGCAGGCACGGAGGGACGGGGGCGGCCCGACGCUGGAAUGCAGUUUUCUCCGGCGAGAGAGACUUUGCACCGGAGUGGAGACUAGUUUGGGGUGGGGUUUCGCACGGUCCCCUCCCCCCUCCCCCCCGCCCCAGCCCAGGGCCCCCUUCCAGGCGCUUUCUGGGAGCUUUCAGAACUGCGCUCUGAAGUUUAAAGAGCAGCAAGGAGCUUGUGCCGUAGGCAGGGACAAUGGAAGAAAAUGAAAGCCAGAAAUGUGAGCCGUGCCUUCCUUACUCAGCAGACAGCAGGCAGAAGCAGGAACAAGGAAAAAGCAAUCUACAAGUCACGUCAUUAGAAGAUGCAGAAUGUCGCAGAACCAAGGAACGCCUUUCUAAUGGGAACAGUCGCGUUUCAGUUUCCAAGUCUUCCCGCAACAUCCCAAGGAGACACACUCUAGGUGGACCCCGCAGUUCCAGAGAAAUACUGGGAAUGCAAACAUCUGAGAUGGACAGGAAGAGAGAAGCUUUCCUGGAACAUCUGAAGCAGAAGUACCCCCAUCAUGCCACUGCGAUCAUGGGCCACCAAGAGAGGCUGAGAGACCAGACAAGAAGCCCCAAACUGUCUCACAGUCCUCAACCUCCCAAUCUGGGCGACCCUGCCGAGCAUUUAUCAGAGACGUCUGGUGAUUCUUUGGAAGCCAUGUCUGAGGGAGAAGUUCCAAGUCCUUUUUCCAGAGGCAGCCGAACUCGAGCGAGUCUCCCGGUGGUGAGGUCAACCAACCAGACGAAAGAAAGAUCUCUGGGGGUUCUCUAUCUCCAGUAUGGGGACGAAACCAAGCAGCUCAGGAUGCCGAAUGAAAUCACAAGUGCAGACACAAUCCGUGCUCUCUUCGUAAGUGCCUUUCCACAGCAGCUCACCAUGAAGAUGCUAGAGUCGCCCAGUGUUGCCAUUUACAUCAAAGACGAAAGCAGAAAUGUCUAUUAUGAACUAAACGAUGUAAGGAACAUUCAGGACCGAUCGCUCCUCAAAGUGUACAAUAAAGACCCUGCGCACGCAUUCAAUCACACACCGAAAACUGUGAAUGGAGACAUGAGGAUGCAGAGAGAAAUUGUUUAUGCAAGAGGAGAUGGCCCUGGUGCCUCUCGGCCUGGAUCCACAGCUCAUCCACCCCAUGCCAUUCCAAGUUCUCCACCAUCCACUCCCGUGCCCCAUUCCAUGCCUCCUUCCCCAUCCAGAAUUCCUUACGGGGGCACCCGCCCGAUGGUUGUUCCUGGCAACGCCACCAUCCCCAGAGACAGACUCUCCAGCCUGCCAGUCUCCAGAUCCAUCUCACCCAGCCCAAGCGCCAUUUUGGAAAGAAGAGAUGUGAAGCCGGACGAAGACAUGAGUGGCAAGAACAUUGCCAUGUACCGAAACGAGGGCUUCUAUACUGAUCCCUACCUUUAUCACGAGGGACGGAUGAGCAUAGCCUCUUCCCACGGUGGGCACCCGCUGGAUGUCCCUGAUCACAUCAUUGCAUAUCACCGCACGGCAAUUCGCUCGGCGAGUGCAUACUGCAACCCUUCCUUGCAAGCAGAAAUGCAUAUGGAGCAGUCACUGUACAGACAGAAAUCAAGGAAAUACCCAGAUAGCCACUUGCCUACUCUGGGCGCCAAAACACCUCCCGCCUCUCCCCACCGAGUCGGUGACCUGAGAAUGGUAGACAUGCAUGCCCACCAUAACGCCCACGGGCCCCCUCACACCCUGCAGCCAGAUCGGGCCUCUCCAAGCCGCCAGGCCUUCAAAAAGGAGCCCGGCACCUUGGUGUAUAUUGAAAAACCACGGACCGCUCCAGGAUUAUCCAGCAUUGUGGACUUCGGCCCACCUCUAGUUGAGAAGCAAGUGUUUGCUUACAGCACUGCUACAAUACCCAAAGAUAGAGAGACCAGAGAGAGGAUGCAAGCCAUGGAGAAACAGAUUGCCAGUUUAACUGGUCUUGUUCAGUCUGCGCUUUUUAAAGGGCCCAUUACGAGUAAUAGCAAAGAUGCGUCUAGCGAGAAAAUGAUGAAAUCCACAGCCAAUAAGAGCCACACAGAUGGUGCAGGAACACUCCAUGUUUCUGGGGGAAAGACUGUCAGCGCACUGGAGUCCUCAGGGCCAGCCAGCCAGCCCCUGCCUGCCGGCUCCUCGGCCAUGCACAUGAGCCUGCUUGACAUGAGGCGGAGUGUGGCCGAACUCAAGCUCCAGCUCCAACAGAUACGACAGCUUCAGCUGCAGAACCAGGAGCUGCUGAGGGCAAUGAUGAAGAAGGCCGAGCUGGAAAUCAGCGGCAAAGUGAUCGAAACCAUGAAGAGGCUGGAGGACCCUGUGCAGCGACAGCGCGUCCUCGUGGAACAAGAGAGACAGAAAUACCUGCACGAAGAGGAGAAGAUCGUCAAAAAGCUGUGUGAGCUGGAAGACUUCGUUGAAGACUUGAAGAAGGACUCUACGUCGGCUGCCCGAGUGGUCACUCUAAAAGAUGUGGAAGAUGGGGCUUUCCUCCUGCGACAAGUGGGAGAAGCAGUAGCCACCCUGAAAGGAGAAUUUCCCACCUUACAAAACAAGAUGCGAGCCAUCUUGCGCAUAGAAGUCGAGGCCGUGCGGUUUCUGAAGGAGGAGCCCCACAGGCUGGACAGCCUCCUGCAGAGAGUACGGAGCAUGACCGACACCCUGACCAUGUUGCGGAGACACGUCACCGAUGGGCUCUUGAAAGGUACAGAUGCAGCCCAGGCCGCACAUUACGUCGCUAUGGAAAAGGCCACAGCCGCGGAAGUCCUGAAGAGCCAGGAGGAGGCACCCCACACCUCAGGCCAGCCCCUCCACGGUGCAGGAGUCCCCGGCGACGUGAAGUCAGAAGUGGUGCCCUUGACCGUUCACCAUGCGCAGAGCUCCCCUGUGGUCAUCCAGCCCUCCCAGCUCUCCGCCGCCCUGCUCAACCCCGCCCAGCACUUGCCGGGGGGCUCGGGUCCCCACCCCACCAGCCCUUCGGCCACCACACAGGAAGUGACCUCAGCUCUGCAGUCAGCACAGGCUCCUCAGUCCCCACAGAUGCCCAUGAACGGCUCUGCCAUGCAGAGCUUGCUCAUUGAGGAAAUCCACAGCGCGAGCGCCAAGAACAGGGCAGUGUCCAUUGAGAAAGCAGAGAGGAAAUGGGAAGAGAAAAGGCAAAAUCUGGACCACUAUAACGGGAAAGAGUUUGAGAAGCUACUAGAAGAAGCUCAGGCCAACAUCAUGAGGUCAAUUCCAAACCUGGAGAUGCCACCAGCCUUGGGCCCACAACCAAAGGGCGAUGCUCCAGUAGACAAGCUAGAACUUUCAGAAGACUCUCCGAAUUCAGAACAAGACUUGGACAAGCUGGGGGGUAAGUCCCCACCUCCUCCUCCCCCACCCCCUCGGCGGAGCUACCUGCCAGGAUCAGGGCUCACCACCACGAGGUCCGGCGAUGUGGUCUACACCAGCAGGAAGGAGAACAUCACCGCUAAGGCAAGCAGUGAAGAUGCUGGACCAAGCCCCCAGGCUAGAGCCACUAAGUGUCCGACCGAGGAGCUGGCUUCCACCUGGACCCCAUCCCCACCGCCAGUCGCUACCUCGUCCUCAAAGGACGAGGAGGAAGAGGAAGAAGGAGACAAAAUAAUGGCGGAACUCCAGGCAUUCCAGAAGUGUUCCUUUAUGGAUGUAAAUUCAAACAGUCAUGCUGAGCAGUCCCGGGCUGACAGUCACGUUAAAGACACUAGGCCGGGGGCCACAGUCCCACCCAAGGAGAAGAAGAAUUUGGAAUUUUUCCAUGAAGACGUUCGGAAAUCUGAUGUCGAAUAUGAAAACGGCCCCCAAAUGGAAUCCCGAAAGGUUCCCACAGGGGCUCUCACACCCCUUGACCAUCCUAAAUGGGAAAUAGCAAUGGAGAAUAGUGUUUCUGAUGCAUCAAGAACAUCAGAGUAUAAAACAGACAUCCUAAAGAAGGAAAAUUCCAUAUCCGGCAAACGUUUAUUUAAAGACAGUAGAAACUAUACCCAGAAAAAUGUGUCUAAGGUCAAUCCCAGUUACUCUGGCCUUUGUUCAUUAGAUGAAAUAAACAAAGGACCUAAGAGCUCAGGACUGCAGUACCCUGUGCCUGACGCUGAGAAUCAGAAGAUGAAUUAUGGAAAGACGAAGGAGAUGAGACUAGAAAGACAGGAAAACGCAGAUAGGUGUGACCUUCCCUCUCCCGCUAGGUCAACUGAAUUGAGCACGUGUGAUGUCAGAACUCAAGAUCAAGAGGUUCACAUGACAGAGUUCGGCCAGGUUGCUCUAAGACCCAAGGGGGCACGGCAUGCUAGCGUGAACUCCAGCGAGGACGGAGAAUCGACACCAAGUUCUCCCACUGAAGAAAAUGCGACCACCGACAACAUCGCCUUCAUGAUCACCAAAACUGCCGUCCAGGUGCUCUCCAGUGGGGAGGUCCGCGACAUAGUGAGCCAAAAGGGGGAAGAUGUACAGACGGUUAACAUUGACGCCAAGAAAGAAGCAACAUCCCCACAAGAAGGAGCUGAAAACGAAGAGCCAGUCGUGUGCCUAGACAAGAAACCAGUUAUCAUCAUUUUUGACGAGCCCAUGGACAUCCGGUCUGCAUAUAAGAGACUUUCAACCAUAUUCGAGGAAUGCGACGAGGAAUUAGAGAGGAUGAUGACAGAGGAAAAGAUAGAGGAGGAGGAGGAGGAGGAAAACGGAGACCCUGUACUCCAGAAUAACACUUCCCAAAAGUUGCAUAAGAAGGUUGCAUCCGGCAGCCCCGGAUCAGGGCAGCAGGCUGAUGGUAAAUUCCAGCCACACUGCCUUUCACCAGAGGCUGAACCCCCAGGACAGGAAACGAGUAAGAACGAGCUGAGCAGGUUCAGCCACGCAGAUUCUCCAAGUGCAGAAAGCAAGGGUGACGUGACGGAUGACCAGUUUGAAAGCCCCAAGAAAAAGUUCAAAUUCAAAUUCCCUAAAAAGCAACUGGCUGCUCUCACUCAGGCAAUUCGCACGGGAACCAAAACGGGGAAGAAGACGCUGCAGGUGGUGGUCUACGAGGAGGAGGAGGAGGACGGCACUUUGAAGCAGCACAAGGAAGCUAAACGAUUUGAAAUCACUAGGUCCCAACCUGAAGACGCCCCCAAAAGUAUGCUUAGGAGACCAGAGCCGCCCAGUGCAGAGAACGCAUCUGUGAUUUCCAGAACUGACGAAAUUAGAAAAAAUACCUACAGGACGCUGGACAGCCUGGAGCAGACCAUCAAACAGCUUGAAACCACAAUCAGUGAAAUGAGUCCAAGAGCCCUAGUGGACGCUUCAUGCUCUUCCAACAGAGAUUCUGUUGCAAGCUCAGCCCACAUAGCCCAAGAGGCCUCUCCCCGCUCCCUGCUAGCUCUGGAUGAAGCUCCCACUGCCCUAGAGCCCCCCUCGUCCGUACCUUCAGCCUCACGUAAGGGCGCCACCGGGACCCCACAGACGAGCAGGAUGCCGGUCCCCAUGAGUUCCAAGAACAGACCCGGAAGCCUGGACAAGCCUGGCAAGCAGUCCAAACUGCAGGACCCCCGCCAAUACCGUCAGGCUAAUGGAAGUGCUAAGAAAGCUGGUGGGGACUGUAAGCCUACUUUCCCCUCCUUACCUGCUUCUAAGAUUCCAGCCCUUUCUCCCAGCUCUGGGAAAAGCAGUUCUCUGCCCUCUUCUAGUGGUGACAGCUCUAACUUGCCUAUUCCACCUGCUACUAAACCACCGGUUACUUCUAACCCUCUCAGCCCCCAAACAGGACGAUCUGCUCCCUCUGCCUCCCUCAUCCCCUCUGUCUCUAAUGGCUCCUUAAAGUUUCAGAGCCCCACUCAUACAGGUAAAGGCCACCAUCUCUCAUUCUCACUGCAGACUCAAAACGGCCGAGCAGCCCCUUCCCCCUCCUCCUCCUCCUCCUCCCCGCCCUCCCCCGCCUCCCCCACUUCACUGAAUCAAGGUGCCAAGAGCAUCAGGACCAUCCACACUCCCGGCCUCACCAGCUACAAGGCACAGAACGGAAGUUCAAGCAAAGCCACCCCAUCCACAGCCAAGGAAACCUCUUAAAGGCCAAAUCCUGUUAGGUGAAAGUCGGAGUUACCUUUAAAAAAACACACAAAAAAUGUUUUUCGACAGUCUUCCACAACUGUCUUCCCAAGCGAAUGUAACAUAUUGCCGUACUGUUUGAGGCUUAAUGCUAAGUAUGUGCUAAAUACUGGAUUAAUAGAUGUCAGUGAAGCUUGUUUGUUUUCUUCGUUGCUAUUGUAAUUACAUAGUGUUUACUGUCUAUAGCCGAUACCCGUCCAAUGAAGUAAGCAUGUGUUACGAAAAGAGUGGCUGGCAGGAGAGAAGGGUGUGUGAGAGACGGGGAGGAAAAUGUACUCAGCAUGUAAAACAUGUAUGAUUCCAGAAUUUUAGUAUGUUUUGUACAAAAAUAUUUUUCAUUACGGAGACUAGACGUGAAACCGAGAAAUACACAAGCGUGACUAUCUAUACAAAUUGUAAAACAGAUACUAUAAUAUUUCCUUUUAUUUUGGUGUUAUUUAGCUUUAUUACAGAUUUCUAUUUUUGUCAGAACGUCAUGGUUCCUUUCAAGAUCUUUUUUGCCAAAAACAUUUUGAUACUAUAGCAUUGUACAUUUGAAAGUAGCGUGCUAGACAAAAAGCCAGUGAACUUCUAUACGAGCCGACACGAGGCAUAUGUAGAAGGCAGUUUAUCAAACCUAUUGCACUGCCGUGAGAAUUAUGUAUAAUAAUUUGCAGCCCAAGCAAGCUAGUUUUCUUUGCUUUUCUUUCUUUCUUUCUUUCUUUCUUUCUUUCUUUCUUUCUUUCUUUCUCUUGUUUCUUUCUCUUAACAUAUUGGGAUUCUCUAGUUGUUUCCUUUCCAGUAUCUAAACCCUUCCUUUGUUUCCUGAGACCUGGUGACCCACACUCUUGCAUUGUGGAUUUUAAACAUGUACACUUCUGUACGGUUCUGUAAACUGAUCAACUUUUGUACAUAUAUAAAUAGACCUAAUAAAAAAUACCGUAUGUGGCAGCACAGAGUAGUUUUCGCACACCAAAGUUAAUUUUUAUGCAUGCUUUAAAAAUAUAUCUUGGGAUGGGCAGAAAUGGGGAUACCCGUGCAUUUUUAAAAAGCAACGAGUUUGCACAGAUAGAGUGUUUUUGUAAAUAAAUGCAUUUGUAUAACACAGUCAUGUAAUAUACAGAACGAUAAGCAGAGGCUUUGCAAAACUCAAUAAAGGGCUGCAUGCUUAUUA